UAUUACAGUGUUUUCUGGGAGAUUCUUUAGCAGAAGCUAAAGAGAAAAUGGCUGCAACUAGGUCUGCGUUUAUGUCCUCCAUCUUCAGAAUCGCUACUGCUCGAACCUUGAUCUCACCCGAAUCCAGAACCUCCUUCACAAACCCUAUCUCUCUUCUCCAGUCCCGAAUCGAAGUUUCCAUCCCGAGAAGCUUCCACAGUUUCAUUGCUUCCACCGUGUUUGGCUCUACACGCAUCUCUGUUUCCGUUUCUAUGUCAUACUCAACGACACUCCCUACCCGCUCACUCAGAAGAAGAAUCAGCAAAAGAAACAACCCAAAACCCGUUCUCGACGAAUCCAAGUUCCGAGAAUCCGUCUCGAAUCUCCCGCCGAGAUUCACACCCGAAGAGCUCGCCGACGCCAUCACCCUCCAAGAAGACCCGUUGGUGUGUUUCCACCUCUUCAACUGGGCCUCGCAGCAGCCGAGGUUCAACCACGAGAACCCUACUUACCACGCAGCCAUCAGGAAGCUCGGAGCCGCUAAAAUGUACAAAGAGAUGGACGACGUCGUGAACCAGGUCCUCUCCGUCCGCCACGUAGGCAACGAGAAUCUUUACAAUUCAAUCUUGUACUAUUUCACGAAAGCCGGGAAGCUGAUACGCGCGGUUAAUAUAUUCAGACACAUGACGACUAGUAAGAAUUUGGAGUGUAGACCGACGAUCAGGACGUAUCAUAUCCUCUUCAAGGCCCUGUUGGGUCGAGGGAACAACAACUCUUACACGAGCCAUAUGUAUAUGGAGACGAUACGGUCAUUGUUCAGGCAGAUGGUGGAUAGCGGGAUCGAACCGGACGUGUUCGCUCUCAACUGUUUGGUCAAAGGCUACGUGCUCUCGCUCCACGUCAAUGAUGCUCUUAGGAUAUUUCAUCAGAUGAGUGUGGUUUAUAGUUGCCAGCCGAAUUCGUUUACUUAUGAUUAUCUGAUACACGGGCUGUGUGCUCAGGGGAGGACCAAUAAUGCUAGAGAGUUGCUUGAUGAGAUGAAAGGGAAAGGUUUUGUUCCUAACGGGAAGUCUUAUAACUCUCUUGUUAAUGCUCUUGCGCUUGGAGGUGAGGUCGAUGAUGCGGUGAGUUGUUUGUGGGAGAUGGUUGAGAGUGGGCGAGUGGUUGAUUUGAUUACGUAUAGAACGCUUGUCGCUGAGAGCUGCAGGAAUGGGAAGCACGAUGAAGCGAGGAGGCUGUUGGGUACGUUGAGAGAGAGAAAGCUUGUGGACAGAGAUUCUUAUGACAAGCUUAUGAAUGUUCUUCGAAAGGAUUUGUAGAUGUGUGUUCUAGUUUUGAUGUAAUAUCGAAAAUUUUGGUGAAAUUUAUUUAUUUAUUUAUGCAAGUAACUAAAACAUAAUUAUAAAUUCAAGAGAGGAAAUAUAUUUAAUGCUAGUUAAAAGUUAAAACUA